AUGCUCGAAUUGGCCGCACUGCAGUAUGAUGAUCGCGCUGAUCUCACCAUCUACAUCCUGGCUCUCGAUAUCCCACAUUUUGAACUCAAAAUCCAAGCACCAGGCGUCCAGAGCCUGCCUCUCGCCAUGUUUCUUCCCUCCGCUGCCAUGAUAACAUAUGCUGCCGGUGGGGGAGUGAUCUGCCGCAAGACUCACAUCAGUCCACGCAUUAAAGUUCCCACCAUAAUUGUCGCAUAUCUCGAACUCGGCGAUGGACUCUCCGUUGCCGCGGAAUUCGCCGUCUUGGUCAUGUUCCAGCACUUCAACCAGGUCCAGUUGACAGCAGACAAAAUCUUCCAAGACAUGAUCCUCUGUGGGACAUUCGGGCAAGGCGCAUUUUCCCUGCAAGAAAUCGGUGAGGCAGUACUCGGAAGCUUCGGCACCUACCACCGAGGUCAGUCUCUCCCCGCAAAAGCAGGCGAUACGAUUGUUUUUACGAGUCAGUUCCUCGGGCUUUUGACCUGGGGAUACGCCGUAUUCGCUAUCAUUAGGAUUGUUUCCACCGCUCUUCUGCUUAUCCAGUUAGUGAUGUGGGUUGUCAAUCAAGCCUUGACCGUUCAGGAAAUUGUCACCGGUCGGAAUUUUGGUCUCGAGCACGGGUGGGGGAAAAAAAGACCGGACUCGUUCAAUGGGGAUAAAGAUGCCUGA